AUGGAUGAUGAUCAAGCACGUGAACUGAGAGCUCUAGAACGCAUACUGAGUGAUCCAAGUGUGGAGCCAACCAUGCUAUCUUAUGGGAUACUGAAAUACAUUACAAAUUCUUUUUCUAACGAGAUUGGUCGUGGUGGGUUUGGAGUUGUGUACCAGAUAUACAAGAGGAAGUUAGGACAUACGAUGGAGUACCUGUGCUGGCAGGGCAUUAUAAGAGGUUGCUUUGUUUCGAGUAUGUUCCUAAAGGAAAUAUUCGACAGUAUCUUCAACAAGAUGGAACCAAAAAUUACUGAUUUUGGUUUGUCGAGAUUCUUAGACCAAGGAACAUCCACAUUGCUUACUUCACGCAUAGCUGGAACAUUGAGAUAUAUUGCACCAGAAAGCAAAGAUAAUGGAGAAGUAUCACUAAAGUCAGACAUAUAUGCUUUGGGUGUUAUUAUGGUGGAGCUACUAUCUGGCAUGAGCAUGAUAAGUCUGUUGCAUUGGGAUAAAUAUAUAGACAUGAGCCUCCCACGAGUGAGGGGGUGCACCGAAUUAGCUCGAAACUGCAUGGACCAAGACAAACAUCAGAGACCCACAGUACGUGAAGUAAUUCGCGACCUGGACAGUCUGGAGAGCAUGUUUCCAUGGUCUUCCAUAAGCCAGAGUCGUCCUAUGGGGCCGGAGAGCACCGUCGUCAAGCUACCAUCGAGGUCAUUAACUAUUGCAUGGGUUGACAAUCCCGAGUACUGGAGAUGGACCUCACGCCGGGACUCCAGGUUCACCCGCCCAUCUUUGAAAGAAACUUUUCACGUCUUUCUUACACGACAUAUAUUUAACCUUAUGCGCGCCAUUUCUUUUCUUGUCCAUGCUACAAAGGUCUCUCGGCUGAUCACACCCAAGGACCUGCCUGCCGCCACCACAAGCUACACGGCUUACCUCGUGUACAAGCGGGCUGGCAGCACCCUGGAAGGCAUUGUGCAGACAGCGAGCACGCUCCAUUUCGACAAUAUCAUUGCUAGCAGCAAGGUUAGCCUUCACCCCAAAGAGGGUGGGCCAAGUAGUGCCCAUGGUGUCACCUACCCUGUCACCAGGGGCGAUGGCUGGCUGGAGCUUAGACUGGGGGAGUUCUCUAACGAGAAAGCGGUAACUGUACAGCUCCUCCAUGAGGACCCGAACAAAGAGAUGAGCGGCCUCAUCAUUGAUGGCAUGGAGGUCAGGAGGAGCCUGUAA